AUGGCUACAAUCACCAACAAUUUAAUAUUCAAACCCCCGAUCUCUCUUUCCCCACCCCCAAAGCUUCUUCCUCUUCUUCCCCAUCACUCUUCUCUGCCUUUUCUCGCUAAAAACCCCUCACCAAGGAUACAAACCAAACCCAAUUCUCAUCACCAUACACGGCUAAUUCCCAGAGCCACGGCGGCUCCAGGCGCCAAGAAAACAGAGAAGAAAGAAAGAGUUCAGCGAGUCCACAGCAUCGAGGAGUUCGAUUCCGCGCUUCAGUCCGCGAAAGAGAGGCUGGUGGUGGUGGAAUACGCGGCCAGCGACAGCGAGGAGAGCAGCCAGAUAUACCCUUUCAUGGUGGAGCUGAGCCGAAGCUGCAGCGACGUGGAGUUCAUCCUGGUGAUGGGAGACGAAUCGGAGAAAACAAAGGAGCUCUUAAAGAGAGAGAAGGUGGAGAAUGUGCCCCACUUCAGCUUCUACAAGAGCAAGGAGAAGAUCCACGAAGAGGAAGGUAUCGGUCCAGACAUGUUGGUGGGUGACGUGCUAUACUACGGGGACAGCCAUUCCGCGGUGGUGCAGCUGCACAGUGUGGAGGACGUUCAGAAGCUGAUAGAGGAGCACAAGGUGGACCACAAGCUCAUCGUGCUCGAUGUGGGACUCAAACAUUGUGGGCCCUGCGUUAAGGUUUAUCCGACAGUGGUUAAGCUGUCGAGGCAAAUGGACUCGGUGGUGUUCGCGCGGAUGAACGGGGACGAGAACGAAAGCUGCAUGCAGUUCUUGAAGGACAUGGAAGUUGUGCAGGUCCCUACCUUUCUCUUCAUCAGAGACGGCAACAUUGAGGGCAGGUACGUCGGCUCCGGUAAAGGGGAGCUCAUCGGGGAAAUUCUCAGGUACCAAGGGGUGCGUGUCACUUAUUAG